AUAGCACAAUGACUUGGACCAAGAAAGUCACCUUCAAGGCUUCAACUCGAGUCUUUUUUCUCAUGCGUAUCAUCAACCCAUUACAUAUUAUUGUGAAUUAUGAUACACAACUCACACAUAUAAAUAAGAGUUUCUCCAUUUGUUUUGUGUCACUUGUGAGGUAAGCCACGAGAAACUUGAGGAAAUCAAUUUCUCCAUACCAAAAGAUCAAAUUUUGAUCAAAAGGGUCUCAUCAUUUUCUCAAAUCAAAGGGUUUCACAAAGGGUUUUGAAUUUUUGAUUGUUCUUGAAACACACAUUUUUCUCUGAUAAAUUUGUGAUCUUUAGCUCUGCAGCACAUCCUUCUUCAAGAACCAAGAAGAAGGCUCUGUUCUGAGUUAUAUAAACAAGAAAGAUUUGAUUUUUAUUGGGUGGGUUGGAUUAUUUGUUGCCAAAUGAUUAGAUUAUCUGUUGCAGUUCUGCAAUUUGUAGAGUUGUUUGUGAGUUCUGUGGUGCAUAUUGCAUAUGGGUUUUAUAUAUUUAGCACAGCUGUGGCUGGUGAUCUCUCACAAUCCUUGAAUGAAUGGAUUUAUAAUAAUCAUGGUGGUUCAAAUGUUAAAGAGAUCACAAAUGUUGAUGAUGAUUCUAAAGUCUUGACAUCUAAUGAUGAUUUGCCUCCCAUUGUGUUGCUUCAUGGAAUCUUCGGGUUUGGUAAAGGGAGAUUGGGUGGAUUAUCAUAUUUUGCUGGGGCAGAGAAGAAGGAUGAAAGAGUUUUAGUGCCAGAUCUUGGUUCAUUAACAAGCAUAUAUGAUAGGGCACGUGAACUGUUUUAUUAUUUGAAAGGGGGGCAAGUUGAUUAUGGGGAAGAACACAGCAAGGCUUGUGGGCAUUCUCAGUUUGGUCGAAUUUACGAAAAAGGACACUAUCCUGAAUGGGAUGAGAAUCAUCCUAUUCAUUUUGUCGGGCACUCAGCUGGCGCGCAGGUUGCUCGUGUUUUGCAGCAGAUGCUUGCGGACAAGGCUUUUAAAGGACAUGAAAGCACAUCUGAUAAGUGGGUCUUGAGCAUAACAGCGUUAUCUGGUGCUUUUAAUGGAACUACAAGAACUUACUUAGAUGGAAUACAACCAGAAGAUGGGAGGUCACUGAAACCUCUAUGUUUGCUUCAGUGGUGUCGAGUGGGAGCUAUAAUUUAUGAUUGGAUUGACAUCCCUUGGAUAAAGGAAUACUAUAAUUUUGGGUUUGAUCACUACAACAUGUCAUGGAGGAAAAUGGGUAUUCGGGGUCUUUUUGAUUGUCUUCUGGGGAAUUCUGGUCCCUUUGCUUCCGGAGAUUGGAUUCUUCCUGAUCUAACACUCCAGGGAUCUUUGAGACUGAACAGCCAUUUAUCUACAUUUCCUGAUACUUAUUACUUUAGCUAUGCUACUAAGCGAACUAGGAAAAUUAUGGGAGUUGGUACCGUUCCAUCUGGCAUACUUGGGAUUCACCCUUUGCUUUUUAUCAGAGUUCUACAGAUGAGUCAAUGGCGUCAUCCAUCUGAUGUAGCACCCCCAUUCAAAGGCUACAGGGAUGAAGAUUGGUGGGAAAAUGAUGGAGCUCUUAACACAAUAUCAAUGACACACCCUCGUUUCCCUGUUGAACACCCAAGUCGCCUAGUUACAAAUGAUUCCGACUGCUACCCCUUGCAACCAGGCAUCUGGUAUUACAAGAUCAUUGAAGGUGAUCACAUUCUAUUCAUUGUGAACCGCGAAAGAGCAGGAGUUCAGUUUGAUCUGAUAUAUGAUAGCAUCUUUGAACGGUGCAGAAAACAUGCAUUCAGAAGGAUUCCGCCAACAUUACCAAAUCAAGUGCACCAUUAGCAAUUUAGCACCCCCCCACAAGAAAGAGAAGAUAGAUGCAUAUCGCAGAAACUUGUUCACUUGUUUAGCCUCUUCAAACUUUGAGGUGUAUAUUGCAUGUUCUUCUUUAUCAUUCUAGGUUAGGACAUAAAAAACUAUUCUGUAGCUUAGUAAAGAGAAAUUGCUUCCGAGUUUAGAACAUCUUUGUAUGUCUUAUCAUGUAUUCUGAUCUCAAUAGCCUGUACUAAAAAGUUAGAAGUGCUCUAAAUAACAUUUGUUUUUAGAUUA